AUGGGAAAUAAGUUUGUAGUAAUCGCUGCAUUCAUUGCACAAACCUAUGCCUCGUAUGGCGGUAUCAUUAGCUCCGGUAGCUAUGGUAGUGGUGGUGGUGGCGGAGGCGGUGGCAUUAUUUCCAGUGGCCAUUCAAAUAACAUUAUUCCCGCUGCCAUUAAAUCGCAUUGGCGAUUGGACAUCAAACCCGUACACUUGACACAGGAGCCGAUUCAACCGCAAACUAUUGAGAUACCGGCCAUUGAAUUGCCAGUAAAAAUAUUGUACAAUUCAAAAUCAAGUGGCGUUUUUGUCCAACAAAUACAUACACCCGGUGCUCCUGGUCAACAAGAGGCGACCAAAUCAGAGGAAGAACCCUAUCGUUUGUCCCAUGAAGUGGUCCGACCAGUUAUCCAGGAGCUCAGGGAAGUUAUCAUACCGUACAGACGUGUGGUCCAGGAGAUUGCACCGGUUGUCGAAGAUGUCCAGACUAUUGUUGCCCGCGGCGAGGGUCGCCAGAAUAGUGCACUGGGAGUUUCGGGCGGUAUUAUUCCGGCUGCCGGCGCCGCUGCUGGCAUUACUGGCGGUCUUGGCGGUGGACUGGGCGGUGGACUGGGCGGUGGACUGGGCGGCGGAUUGGGCGGCGGACUGGGCGGUGGACUGGUAGGUGGAAAGGGAUUGAGCGGACUGUUGGGUGGCAGUUACGAUGGUAUUGAAAGCAUCAGUGGUCUAAAAGGUGGCUACGGAGCUAAAGCUGCCAGUGCCGCGUCGGCUGCCGGUGCGGCCAGCAGUUCGGCCAAAAAGGCAUAA